CGUUACAUUCAACACGAUAUUGGAGAUGAGUAUCAUCGCCUCACUCUUCAGCCAGUCGCGCCAUUCUCAAAUCUUUCAUCUCUAUCAGAAGAAUUUCAUUUCCAUAUCCCAAACGUAGCAUUUCUAGGGGCAAGGUGUGUAUCCUCAAAUGCUCAACCAUUAUACAUGAUGUUCCGUUCAUUAUUUGAUAAUGCAAGAAACUAUGGUUUCCUUCAUGGCCAUAAACAAGGAUUCAUAUACCAGCAGAAGUUUAGUUUAGUGAACAUAAAGUUGAAAUGGGUGAAAGAUAGAACAAUGGAUUCUGCUGUCACAGGUAAGAGGGAUCUUAAGGCAGCUGAUAUUCUCGUUUCAAUAAUUUAUUCUUCUCCGGAAUGCUGCCUUCCGAUAUACCGUCUUUCUCGUCAUCGCGGACAACUUGGACUUCCGGAUGACCUUAGACUCGCCGCGUUUAUUAGAAGAUAUCCUAAUAUUUUUGUUGAGUCGUCUUUUCUUGAUAGUGGUGGUUCUCCUGUUCCUUGUUUUGGAUUGAGUCAUGAAGCGUUGAAGCUUCAUCGCGAAGAAGUUGAAUUACUUAGAGAAAAUCGGUUUGAAGUUAGGGAUAGGUUGUGUAGAUUGCUUAUGCUCACGAGAGAUUGGAUGCUUCCGUUACAGACUAUUGAUCAGUUGAAAUGGGAUUUGGGUUUACCGUAUGAUUACCAGGAUUCUUUUGUUUUGAAUCAUCACGAAAGAUUCUCUUUUGUUCGACUUCCUGACGAUCGUGUUGGGUUGAAAUUAUUAUAUUGGGAUGAUAAGCUUGCUAUUUCAGAGUUAGAGAAGAAUGCUUCUCUACAACAACAAGAAGAAGACAUAAAGAGUGGAACUUUUGCGUUUCCCGUUAGUUUUACGAGGGGUUUUGGUUUGAAAAGGAAAAGCAUGGAGUGGUUGAAAGAAUGGCAGAAACUCCCUUAUACUUCGCCUUACACUGACGCUUCUCAUUUGGAUAUUCGUACCGAUGUAUCUGAGAAGAGGGUAGUUGGAGUUUUUCACGAGCUCCUUCACCUUACACUUCAUAAGCAAACCGAGCGUAAGAAUGUUAGCAACUUACGCAGACCCUUGGCCUUACCGCAGAAGUUCACUAAAGCGUUUGAACGACAUCCUGGCAUUUUUUACAUUUCCAAGAAGAAUGACACCCAAACAGUUGUUCUGAGGGAGGCCUACAAUGGCGGGGAACUCGUGCAGAAACACCCCCUUGUGAAAAUUAGAGAGGAAUUUGCAAAUCUAAUGAAGAAAGGACUACUAGAUAGGAGUAGAGGUGUAUACAAGAAAAAUAUAGAUGCUAAUUUGGUUGAGGAAGUGAGAAAGGAAGUUUGCAUCGCCGAAAAAACUAACCGGUUUAAUUCUAAAGAUGAAUCAAAUUCAAUGUUAUUCUGAAUAUGGUUCAGAUGGAACUCUACAUAACCUGUGGUAAUAUAUGUUAGAAUCGUGAGAUGGACAUACUGACACGGGGGCAGGUACAACUACAGCUGAAUUUCACUGCUAAAAAAAAUUGUUCCAAAAUGUCUCAAAUUUUUUGUAGGAAUUGAAAUGUCGCAAUUGUUUUUGGACUAUAUGCUUAGUACUUCACCAUCAGAUUUGUUGGCUUAGUCUUUGCCCGUUGCAGAAGAACCAGGGGCCUGAAGGGUGAUUGUGUGGCUGGAACCAUGAUGGAAGCAGUCGCAUCUCAGGAUUGAGGAUUCAGAAAUGAAGAUAAUUGCUUGAGCAACUACCACAAGCAGCAAUUAUCUGUCAGAGUUGAUUUUGCCGAAACUACUUUUUGCGGCAGAGCGCUGGAUGCAGUAGAGGAUCCUUACUCAUGAUAAUCAAAGAGGAUAAGUGUUUUCGUAUGAGCUGUAUUUUAAUGUGUCUUCAGAAGUUUCUUCAGCAGUAAAUGUCUUCGGAAGCUCCAACCUAUUUUUGGAACAAACAAGUCAAGAGUUUAAGACUCCAAUAGGAUGACUUUCAAACAGCAGUAAGUGUCUUUCGAAGAAGCUCCGAUCUUAGCUGAGAAGCCAUUGCAAACAGAUCACUCUCCUAGAGCUAGAGGUUAACAAAACCUGUUUAGUGUUAAUUACUAUAGUAAUAUGCCAUCUUAAUAUGUUAAAUACAAAUUAUAGAGAUAUAGCUUGCAAAUAUGAAUGCUUGAACCAACACUUGGUGUCUGUAUCCUAAUGUCUUGAAUGCAAACACUUUGUGUAUGUAUCCUAAUAUUGGGAAUCAUUAGAGGCUUAUGAGCAAACACAAAUGAAGUUAGAUACUAUUAUAUGUUUUUUUAUUCAAUUCGAGACUCUUAUCCAUACUUGAUAUACAAACAAUUGUUACAUUCAAUU